AUGGAUACAAGCAGUCAAUUUAGAUGGUUUCUGACUUUGAUUUUGAUUGGAACUGUAAACCAAGUAUUCUCUAAGCCAUUCAGUGUUACUAUAGGAGCUGCAUUAAGCUCGGAACAUCAUCAAGAUAUAUUUCGUCAAGCAGUCGCUGCAUUAAAUCGUCACAUUUCACCUGAUGUGGUGUUCAAUUCGACUUCCAUAUUAAUGGAUGCCAACCCUAUACGGUCUGCUCUAGAUGUUUGUGAUAAACUGUUACCACAGAAUAUAUUUGCUGUAAUAGCUAGUCAUCCUAACUCUAGUAACCAAUCACCAAUAUCAGUGUCCUAUACUUGUGGUUUUUAUAAUAUUCCUGUUAUUGGUAUUACAGCAAGAGAUAGUGCUUUCUCUGAUCAGAAUGUUCACUCAACAUUUUUACGAACUGUACCGCCAUUUGCUCACCAAGCAGAUGUAUGGGUAUCAUUGUUACAGUAUUUUAAAUGGUCACAAGUUGUAUUGAUAGUUGGAACUGAUGAAGAAGGGAGAAGUAUAUUGAGUCGAUUCCAAACAGUGGCUGAACCAUUAAAGAUAACAAUUGAAAAGGUGGUGAAAUACAUUCCAGGAGAGUCGAACUAUACUGGAUCAUUAUUAAACUUAUAUUCUGCUCAAGCUAGAGUUAUAUUGAUGUCAGCUUCAUUGGAAGAUGCCGAACAGCUCUAUACAGAUGCCAACAAUUUGAGGCUCACUGGAGAAGACUUUGCCUGGAUUGUCACUGAACAAGCCUUUUCAGCAUUAAGUGCACCCAUAGGUUUAAUUGGAUUACAUCUUAUUAAUGGUAGUAAUGAAGAUGCUCAUAUUCGUGAUAGUGUAUCAAUAUUAGGACAUGGUUUUGAGAAGAUAAUAAAAGAACAUAAUAUUACUAAACCACCAUCUCAAUGUCAAGAUAUCAGUAAAUGGCAGGAUGGUAAUAGAGUCAUGCAAUACCUACGUAAAACUAAACUAGAUCACGGUGAAACAGGACAUGUUAGUUUUAAUGAUAGAGGUGAUAGAAUGAAUCCUGUUUAUGAAAUACAGAAUAUUAAUAUGGAUAAUAAAGUGUUUGCUAUUGGUCUGUAUGGUAGUGUUAAGAAUAUAUCUGAACAGUUAAGAAUGAUGGGUGAAAUAACAUGGCCUGGUGGAGUAACAGUACAACCUAAAGGACAGAAAAUCUCCAGAAAUCUUACAGUUGUAACUAUAGCUGAGAAACCAUUUGUUGAUGUACUUGUUUUAGAACCUGGUGAGAAGUGUCAGUAUGAUGAUAAAAUGAGGACCUUUCCAUGUGCUCAUUUAAAUACUACAACAGAGACAACUAUGCAUUGUUGUAGUGGUUAUUGUAUGGAUAUGUUAGAUGAAAUAUCCAAAAUUGUGAAUUUUACAUUAACUAUACAUUUGAGUACAGAUGGUCUGUUUGGCUCUUUUGAGAGACAUAAUGGUACUAAACAGAGACAUUGGAAUGGUAUGAUAGGUGAAUUGUUAUCUAAUAAAGCUGAUCUAAUAGUUGCUCCAUUGACUAUUAAUCCUGAACGAGCUAAAGUUAUAGAUUUUACUAAACCAUUUAAAUAUCAAGGUUUAACAAUACUUGUCAAGAAGACCACUAAAGAUUCAAGUUUGGCAUCAUUCUUACAACCAUUUCAAGAUACAUUAUGGAUAUUGGUAGGAUUGUCUGUACAUGUGGUAGCUCUAGUAUUAUAUUUACUAGAUAGAUUUAGUCCCUUUGGUAGAUUUAAACUGGCUAAAAGUGAAGAUACAGAAGAAGAUGCCUUGAACCUAUCUAGUGCUAUGUGGUUUGCUUGGGGUGUCUUGUUGAACAGUGGUAUUGGAGAGGGUACACCAAGAAGUUUCAGUGCUAGAGUAUUAGGAAUGGUAUGGGCUGGAUUUGCUAUGAUCAUAGUAGCUUCAUAUACUGCUAACUUAGCUGCCUUUUUGGUGUUAGAUAGGCCUGAAGCUUCUAUAUCUGGUAUUGAUGAUCCUAGGUUGAGAAAUCCUAAUGAUAAGUAUCACUAUGCUACUGUUAAAGGUAGUGCUGUAGAGAUGUAUUUUAAAAGACAAGUUGAACUAUCUACUAUGUAUAGAACAAUGGAGAAUAAGAAUUAUCAAACAGCAGAAGAAGCUAUUGAAGCUAUUCGACAAGAGAGUCUGCAAGCAUUUAUUUGGGAUUCACCAAGAUUAGAAUAUGAAGCUGCUAGAGAUUGUAAUCUAGUGACUGCUGGUGAAUUAUUUGGAAGAUCUGGGUUAGGUAUUGGUUUACAGAAAAACAGUCCCUGGACACAAGAAGUUUCAUUAGCCAUUCUUAAACUCCAUGAAAAGGGUUUUAUGGAGAAGUUAGAUAAUGAAUGGAUAUUAGCUGAGAGUUCAUCUGCCUGUCCUGAAAGUAAUUCAGCUCCAGCUACACUUGGUUUAACUAAUAUGGCAGGUGUAUUUAUGAUGGUAGCUGGUGGUAUAGUUGCUGGGGUAUUAUUGAUAUUUGUUGAAAUAGCUUAUAAACGUCAUCGUGGUUUGAAAGAAAAAGAAUUAGAACUAGCCAGAAAUGCUGCUGAUAGGUGGAGAGGCAAUAUUGAGAAACGGAAAAAGUUGCGAGCAACAUGGCAAUUUCUUCAUUCAUUAAAUGAUGGAACAUCACCACCCUAUCCUGCAGGUGGUGUGAACUUUGUCUAA